ACAAUAAUUACAUUGGCCAUCUAAUCUCAGUAAGCCCCACUUCACACUAGAAUGUGGUAUGGUAAGCCCACAAUCCAAAAAUGAUAUAUACUGUAUACCAGGGGUGGACUGACAACUCAUGGGGCCCCUGGGCAAUAGGGGAUCAUGGAGCCCCUGUGUCCUUGCUCAAACUCAAAAAAGCCUAUGAAAAAGGUACCAGGGGCAUCUCAUGGGGCCCCCUACUGACCCCGGGCCCUCAGGCAGUGCCAGAGUUUCCAAAUGGUCAGUCCACCCCUGCUGUAUAC